AUGAAUUGGACAGGAGGCCAGUUGCAUCGCUCGGCACGGCAGGGUGCUCUGUCAAAAAUCCAGCUCCAAAACUUCGCAAAGUCCCGCCAGGUUGCCCUCGGCAGGUCGUCUCGCCAUCUAUCUCCCUUUCCGGGAUGUCCAGAGUUUCCCAGCACUGGAGACUGUGGAAGAGCCGCCGGCAAAGAAAUUCAAGACGUGGCAACAGAUGGCAGGUCACAGAAACAAGCCUCACCUCCGCCUCGAUUGCCCGCCGUGUCGAUCAAAUCUGGAUCCCAUCUAGAUUCAGUGAAGCGUCAGCUCCUCCUAGAUCCCGACUGGGCUACUGUCUCUGCAGCUCGUCCAUUGGAGAUAGCAUUCACCUCGGCGGAAGAGAUCGAGCAAUUUGGGAAGCGGCGCAAAUUGAAUGACCACGACAGGCAACGCCUGUCUGCUGCAGAGAGCUACCAUGCCCUCUCGGGUUCUACCAGGUUAUGCCGGAGUGGUAGAGAGAUUCAUCCGAGAGAAGUCAGACCGGACCAAAUCGAUAUCUGGAUCGACGGGCGUCCCGCCGGCCUCCACGCAAGCAGCCAAAGACAGAGCACGAAUGUCCCUUCGUCACAGUCAAUGCUUCUGGAUCAUGAGACCUAUCCAUCCGCCCGAAAAUCGGAAAGAUCCCCGCCCGAGUAUACGCGGUUGGUCAAAUCUAGCCAACCUAUACAUAGAAAAUUCCUGGAUGGCAGUGAUCGCACACCAGCGUGCGCUAUGACCGAGCCGCUCGACAAAACCAUCUCUGGGGCUCCUCACAAGGAGAGAUUCUUGACCAGCUCGUCAAAUCCUUCCGAAAGGAAUUUUAAUCGGAUGGAACCCAAAAUGCAGCAUCAGUCAACUACUGACCAGCUCCUCCAGGCACGACAUUUCACAUUUGAUGACCAAGCACUUGCUGAGAGACGAGGGCAAGUUACCGCUCUAGGUCACCGCGCUCUUUCUUGCAGCCCAACGACAACACUGGUGGCAUCACCUGCGCCAUCGAAUCCUCAAUUUUUGUCGCCUCGUGAAACAUUCAGCUGGCUGCCAUGUCCACGCCAUGUCAACGAUUUGAGCAGCCCUAACUCAGGUCGUCUUCAUACUUCGAGCCUCCGGGAGUCUAUUGCUGACCGGUCCCCGUAUCCUAACUCCCCGGCACACAUCUUUCGAGACGUUCCAACAUGCAACAGUCCCCGGAACCCGUCUGGCUAUUUGGACAGCUCAUCGAUGUUCGUAAUGACCCCAUGGUCGAGACUCUAUGAACGCCGAAGCAUGUAUGGCCGCUUCCGGAGAUGA